AUGGCUAUCGUCCCUCCACCAACCGAUCCCUCGCAAUUCUCCGUCAGCAUGUUCACGCCAAUUGCCCAGGUGAAUCGAGGUGGCUCAUGGCGACAUAGCCUCUGCUCCUGCGCCGAACCAUCCACUUGUCUGACGGCGCUCUUUUGCCCUUGUAUCGUGUACGGAAAGACCCAAUAUCGACUGAGUUUGCGGGCCGACAGAAAGGAUCCCACUAAUAUGCUCGGUUAUACCGCGGUCAAUGGCUCGUGUAUAGCCUUUGGAGUGGUUUGUGGCAUCAACGGCAUUCUAGCCGCCAUUCAACACACGCGAGUACGCAAAGCAUACGGCAUGAAUUCCGAGGCCGGCAAUGUUCCGGGCGACUGCCUCAAGGGCCUCUGCUGCUGUUGCUGCAUCGUCGCCCAAGAUGAGAAAGAAGUCAGGUUUCGAGAGGAGCAAGCUAGAAAGCCUGCCGGGUCGGCCACCACAACGGAAGGAUAUAUAACUCCUACUGCCAUGACGUUCAGUGCUCCACCAAGAUGA